AUGUCUGGAGUGUUAAAUAGAUAUGGUAAACGAGAAAAUAGUGCACCUAUGGCUACUCUAUUCUUUGCAAGAUUAGGGCCUAUGAUGAAAGAAGAAAUAUUAAAAAAAGUAUGUAAUCAAUAUGGAGAAGUAGAAGAAGUAACAAUGGUUUGUGAUAGAGAGACAAAAAAGAGUAAAGGAUGUGCAUUUGUUAGUUUUAAAACACCACUUGAAGCACAAAAAUGUUUUUCUAAUGUACCAGAAAUUAUCAAUGAACAUCAUUGGAUUAUUGAAUGGGCUAAAUCAACACAAAUACGAGAUUCAGAUUUAGACAAAAAGACAUUAUAUAUUACUGGACUUCAAAAUUGUAAUGCUAAUGAUACAAGUGUUUAUGAUCAUUUUAGUGUUUAUGGACUAGUUGAGAAAGUAACUGUUGUUGGAAAAGGAGCUAAUUUUCCACCAUAUGCAUUUGUUAAAUUUACUGAUGAAAAAUCUGCAGGGUUGGCUUUAAAAAAUGAAAAUGGAAAGUUUUGGGAUGGUGGACAAUUAAUAAUUCAAUACAGUGAAACACUUGAAUCAAAAAAAAGUAGAAGACUUCACAGAGUAAAACAAACAAAUAAAUAUAUGGAAAUUAAAAAAGAACCAUCAACAAAAAGGUCAUUUAAAGAAAUUUUUGUUGAUGAUUCUACUGGUUCGUUGAUUCAAUCAUUAUUAAUGGCAUUUGGAUCAUUUACAUCAUCAGAAUAUUUAACUGAAGGAUAUGAUGAAGUUCUUGUAAGACCAAAUAUUAAAGAUAUAAGGAAAGUAGAUUCACCUUUAUUAAAGAAUUAUGAAAAGCUAAUUCAUCAAUUAGAUGAUGAUGACAAUUCAUCAUUAACUGAUGUAACUGAAGAUGAUAUUCUUAAUAAACAUACAUUUUCAUUUUUAGAUGAUGAAGUAUGGGGACCUUAUCAAUGA